AUGAUAAAUAAGAAUAUUGAAUUAGCUGAUAAUAGCUGUGGUCAUACCUACAUGCAAUGGAUAGUGGCAGUAUUAUUGAACACAGUAGUAUUGAACUAUGGACUACAAGUAGGUUGGAUUUCACCUAUGACAAAGGUGUUACAAUCAGAAACUUCGUCAGUAGUUGAUCAACCAAUAUCAGAUGAGAGUUGGAUGUGGAUCGCUAGUGCAGUACCAAUGACAGCUGUGGUCGGAGUUCCUCUGUACACAUACUUAUCUGACAAGUAUGGUAGGAAAGUUGGAGUUAUAGCAAUUGUUAUACCACAAUCACUUUGCUGGAUAAUAAAAUUAGCAACCACGAGUGUGCCAGGUCUUCUGGUAGCGAGGGUUUGUGCAGGCAUCGCUGCCGGAGGAUGCUUCACCGUUAUUCCAAUGUAUGUGAAGGAAUUAAGCCAGGACAACAUAAGAGGUCUGCUGGUGUCUCUCGUUGGAUUGAAUCAAAAUCUCGGAUACAUUUUUAUGUACGCGAUGGGAGCAUAUUUGGAGUAUUACACUGUGUUGUGGAUCGUAGUGUGGUUGCCUCUUGUUUUGAUAAUACUUCUAACGAAAUUACCAGAGUCUCCUGCUUUUCUGAUUAAAAUUGGAGAAUACGAGACGGCUGCUAGAACAGUUGCUUUACUUCGAGGGCUGGAGACAACCGACAAAGAAGUCAUCCACGAGAUCACAUAUAUGAAAAAUGAGGAUAAUUACUUCAAGUCAUUGCCUCCCGUGACGUUUCUUUGUAUUUUAAGAAACAAGCCGUGGCGUAAAGGCUUGAUCCUGCUGUUACUUUUACUUGGGAUCCAAGCAUGUAAUGGAUGCUUCGCUAUUGUAACAUACAUAUCAAGUAUUCUUGGAUCGUGUGGAGUCACCAUCAGUCUUGAGCUGCAGACACUCAGUAUACCAGCUUUCAUGAUUUUCGGCUCGUUCGUAACCAUAGUCACUGUCGAUAGAAUUGGCAGAAAGCCAUUAUUGGUGAUAACUUACGCCAUAACAGUGGCAUCUUUCCUGUGUCUUGCGUCAAUAUUGCUCAUACAACACCAGGGCGGCAGCGUUCCAGGGUGGUUGCCAGUGAUUGCAAUAGUAUCUGCAAUGUGGUCGUAUGCGGCCGGAGUCACGUCAGUACCGGGUGUCAUUAUGGCGGAAAUGUUUAAUUUCCAGAUUCGCGCAAAGGUAGUGGGUUGCGUAGUCAUGUGGGCAUGGCUGAUAACAUUUCUUGGCGUGUUUGUGUAUACGCCAAUUUCGAACAUGCUGGGCAUGCACACCAGUUUCUAUGGCUUCGCUGGUAUCAACCUUCUUGGUUUCUUUGUUUCCCUGGUAUUUAUACCUGAGACUAAAGGGAAAUCUGUAGAAGAAAUCGAGUUAAUGUUGGGCGGAGGACAUACGAAUUCAAAAAAUUCAAAUGAGGGUAUAAAUGGAAAAGAAAAACGUACUACCCCGACCACAAAUGAAUGA